GGGUGUUUGUGCUGAAGCUGGAUUGUCUGUUGCUCGUGUGGAUGUUUGUUGCUGGUUUGACCAAGGAUAUGGAUCAAUCCGCGACAACGCAAGCCUAUGUGUCUGGGAUGCAGGAGUCGUUGAGUCUGUACGGCAACGAGCUCGUCGAAUUCACCACAUAUUUCUCAAUCGGAUACGCCCUGGCCAUUGUUCCGUCGCAGAUGAUCCAGACGUUGAUUCGCCCUUCGCUCGUCUUGCCGGUGUGCGAGAUCAUCUGGGGAUGUCUGACUCUUGCAACCUAUGCGGCGAAAAAUGCUCAAACGGUCUAUGCCAUUCGGUUCUUCCUAGGCAUCUUCGAAUCGACCUCAUGGCCCGGAAUCGUCAGUCUUAUAUUCAACUGGUAUACACCGCCGGAGCUGGGAGUGAGACUGGCUAUCUUCGGAGUCAGCGCGCAGGCCGGCAGUAUGUUCCUUGGUAUUCUGCAAGCUGCGCUUUAUAAGAACCUGAAUGGCGUUUCGGGGUUGCAGGGAUGGCAAUGGCUCUUCAUUGUCAGUGGUUGUAUCACCAUAUUCUGGGGCGUCCUCGGUCUCCUUAUCAUUCCCGAUUCGCCGUCAAUUACGCGAGCCGUGUGGUUGACGCAUGCAGAGCGCCGUCUCUCGGUCAAACGCAUGGAGGAGUACAAGACGGAAACGUCCAAACUGAUUGACUACCGGAGGCUGUUUAGGAAGGCCAAGCAGAUAUCACUGAGUCCUGUGGCGUGGAUGUACAUUGCCGCCUAUCUGCAGUUCGCCUGGAGUCAACGUUCUAAUUCCUACUUCCUUCUAUAUCUGAAAGGACUCACUGGCGCAGAUGGCCAGCCACUCUAUAGCACUUACACCGUCAAUUUGAUCCCACUCGGUGGCUAUGCCAUCUCCAUUGUCAGUACGGUGGCACUGAAUGCUCUGAGUGACUGGAAGAAUUGGCGCGUCCAGAUUUCGAUUGCACCAGCGAUUCUUCAAAUUAUUGCCUGUUCCGUGCUGUCGGCAUGGCCCGAUUCGACGCCUACUAUUAUGACCUUUUACUUCUUAACCUUUGCGACUGCAGCAUGGGGAUAUGCUCUUCUCGCCUGGAUUGGCGAAAUCUUGCGAAAAGAACCCGAGGCGCGGUCUCUUCUUGUCGGUGCAUCGGUCACCUUAGUCUAUAUCGGACACGCCACCAUUCCUCUGCGAGCAUGGCGAACGUCCGACAGUCCGCGCUACCCUAUUGGAUUCCCACUCGCGACGGCAUUCGCUGCAGGCAGCAUUAUAUCAAUCCUGGGCAUCUACUUUUAUGUCAAGAAAAACCCGGAUAUACUCGAGCAUGGACUCGAAAAGCCUGCACGGUCCGAAUCCUCUAGUCUGCAUGGAAACGAACGUCGGGAGAGUGUCGGGAAGCCCAGCCCGUCGAGCAAUAUUUCGGAAUUGUAAUGGGCUUUUGACUUGGGUGAAAGUUGUUAUUAGUUUGGAUUAUGGAUAGCCAAAAUGAACGGGUUGAUCCUGC